UCGGCAGUGCGUGCCGCGUGCAUACAUCAAACUCGACUCUCUCGCGCUUACAAGUCAAUCUCCUCGUAUUUAAAAUCACCGCAAUUGUCGAAUUUGCUCCUCGUUGCAGGUUUACACGGUGGCUUCUUGCAGGCGUAAUUAGUCACAAAAAACGUGCCGGACACUCGAAAUUAAUUCGGCAUUUGCAAAUAUCCUGCCACAGCGGCUGCAUGCAGAGUUUCAUAUAGCCAACGAGGCAGCAAUUGGAAAGUGAAAGUACGCGCCAUUAUAUUGUGUGUCGAGUGUUUUUAUGUACAAAAACACAGCUCUACAACCAUGAUUCGAAUCAUUGCAUCGUUAGCUAUUUUGGGUGUUUGCUCGGCCGUGCCGUUGUAUUACGUGCAGGAAAAUGCAUUCCAACUGCAGCAUCCAGCGGUACUUGCCAACGCCGCGAUGGAGGCUUCGCUGCCCGAUUACCUGAGAAAUGAUUUUUACAAGAAUCCUCAUAUAGCUGCGUCGCUCGCCGAACCCUCUUGGUUCGGUUACAAGGAGGGAUUGGUAACCGACCGAGAAAGCGACAAGAUCCCACGUGAAAAAAUCCAUCACAUACUGCACAACGCUGGAUUCGUACGUCGAUAG